GAUCCUGAUAUCUCGACCUGCCUUGUUUUGUAUCUUAAAGCUGUUUCCCCAUCCCCCAUGGCGUCCUUCUCUUUGAGUUGUCAAGGAAGCCACAGAUCAAGUGUGUAGGUAGGUAAUACCAAGACAUCAGGGGAGGCACGACAUGUAUCGGCCUGAGUGUGAGAAAGCACCGAAUGGGGGAUGAACAUUCCGGGGGGCGCUUGUCCAAGGUUACCUUUUCCCCACGUUCGCCAGGCGUAUUGUUUGGAUUCUGGAGACAACUUUGGUGUUAGUCUGCCGCCCUUUUUUAUCUUUUUUUUUUUUAUCUGAUGCACUGCAGCAUCACUAGGCUGGUGGCUGCCGCAGUCGCACCAAAGGUGUUCCUUGGGCUGCAUGAGCCUAUGAGGUUGCUGAGGUACACCACACCAACUGGGCAAUGGACUGUUUCUGGUCACCGCGUUCUGACCGACAUCUUCACCGUAGUGGGACGGUUGAGCUUGGUUGGGAUGGGCUGGUUGGCCAACCUAAUUCCAUCUCGUCUCAUCAGCACCAUGGUAGGUAUGCUGGUCCUCGACAACACCAGACCCCCGUACAGAGAGAUGAAGACUGCUGCUGCACUACCACUACGUUACCUUUUCCCUUUAACUUUCAGGCGUCAGCUUCAGCAUUAUGGGAAGGAGACUCGAGAAGUAAGCCCCAAGGUCUGCGACAUUCCAUUCACCCCGCAUUCAAUCGCAGUAGGUACCGUAGCUCGAGGCACCAAAGCAAGCCGCAGCCCAUCCAAUGGUUCCUGUCGAGCUUCGACUGUCAAUUGCCCAGGCUUGAGUUGCGACCUUUUGCUAUCCCGCAAGAUGAGGUCAUAUCAGGUGGUUUUCUUUCCGCCUGAGAGGUUCUCUAUCUCUGUCUCUCUCUCCUCUCCGUUACAAAUGACCAGGGGUGGCCCAGCAAGAACCCAAACAUCCUGACACCCUGGGAAGACCUGGAUGGGGAACUGGACAGGGAAAAUGGGGCU